AUGGCGAUCUACAGUGAGAAGCCUCUUUCCAUACGCAUGGGCGACGCGGCCAUAGACGCGUUCACCGGUGCGCAGCCAGUCUCUAAAGUCCUCCGAUACUACCCGGAGCACGAAAUAGUCGCCAUCAGCAACGCACGCGACGCACGAGACGAGUCGCCUCCUCCCCUCCCCCCGGAUCAUCUACUCAUUCCGGGCCGCUCCUACCUACUCCUGCCAAAGGUUAAGCCGAAACCUACCGGCGGCGUUGGCACUGCGGGAUUGCGGUUUCCGAAAAGCGCGUCAGUGGCCGUGGGAGAGACGGCUCGCGACGCGAGAGCCGGCGGAGAAGGCGGUGGGAGUUACAGCAGCAUGCAGCGCGCUUUACGGAAAGCGGGGUCGCAGGCUUUGGAACGGUCCGACAUGGAUCCGGCGAUAUGCUCCCCAACGGAGUCUACUCCGAUUUGCCUGCCCCGCGUGCCUUCAAGCCCGCGGCUCUCCUGUCCGGUCGCCCACCCACCCCUCCCACCCACCGCUCCUCCUACAGCUUCUCCUGCUCCCCCUCCCAACCCCACACCUCCACCUCGCCUCCCUCCCACCUCUCCACCUCUUCCUCCCCGCCUCCCCCUCACCACGUCGCUACCACUGCGGGAAAGGGCCUACGAGCAGCAGAAGCAGCAGGCGGCUCAGGUGAAAACCCAGGCGCGCGGAUGGACCCCCAAAUUAUCUUCUAAAAACGCAUCAAAGCCGUCCGCUAAACCCGACUCCGCCAAGCCAUCCGCGCAGCCGUCCGCGCAGCCCUCCGCCAAGGCGUCCGCGGGGUCCCCCCGCGAGCGCGCGCGCGCCAGCAGCUCACUGCACCGCAAGCUGUCGCGCACGAGCAGCGGGGGAGGCGGAGCGGACGGAGGGGAUGGGGGGGGUAAUGCUGGGGGAGUGGGGGGUACUACUGGGGGAGGCGGCACUGGGACAGGCGGUUCUGGGGAAAGCGGUGGCGUGGGGCUGGAUGGGUCGGCUGGGGAUGGGGGCAGCCCGGACCUUUGCUUCGCGAACAGCACUGGUGGUUACCGUAACAGCGGCAGUAACCAACCCAAUAGUGGUGGUAACCGCAACAGCGGCGGUGGGGUUGCUGAUGCCCCCAUGACCUCACACAAGGCGGAGAAGGUGGAGAAGGCAGAUAAGACAGACAAGUCAGACAGACCAAAGAGCUCUUCAGGAAAGUCAGGGGAUUUGGACAAGUCAACGAAGUCAGACAAGUCAACCAAGGCAGAUAGGCCACAGGAAUCAGGCGAGUCAGCCAGAGGUGAUAAAUCCCGGGCGCUUCUGCGAGCUGCCUCGCAGGGGAGGGAGAUUGACCGAGCGAGACUGGGCUGUAGCAGUCCUGAAGCGAAGCUGGGGGGGAGGAGCCAUACGGAAGGCAGGGAGGAGACGAAGGAGAGGAUGAUGAGAGAGAGGAAGAAGGGAAGGGGGGGGAGUAUAGGCGGGGGUGCUGAUUUGGGGGGAUUCGGCCCUGAAGCGAAGCUGGGAAGAAGGAGCCAUACAGAAGGGAGGGAGGGGAUGGAGUCUCUUAGCAUGCAGCGGCAGCAGGAGGAAGAGGAGAAACUCGUGCGGGGAAGCAAGGGCGAAGGUCCUGGUAGAGAGGGAGUUAGAGCGGUUGGAGGGGGUGCAGGGGGUGACGCUGGGGUGCAGGGCAAGGGAGGGGAGGCGGAUCGCAACAGGAGCCCUCUGAGGAGGUUUCUCGGCGCCUUGUCUCUUGAUAUAUCUGCUGCCGACGUGCCUGUUGUUGCUGCUGCCCCUGCCGCAUUUGGCGGCCUUUAUGCUAGGUCGGGAGGAGGGGGUGGAGGGAAGAAGGGAGGCACGUGGAAGCCAAGGCUUCCAGACGUGAAGGAGGUGGAGCAGCCGAACAAGACCCUAGCGGGUUCAUUGUCGUUCCAUGCGGACAGGCCUCAUGCGCGCUACCGUGCAGUGCAGCUUCUGCUGCUGCAUCGGCUCCUAUUCUUGCAUCUACUGCCGGAGACGGCGCUGCUUCGCGGAACGUUCGUCCAGUAUCUGCCGUCCAUCGGCACCAAUCCCAUCUGCCACGUGUGCAGACCAUUCGAACCCAAGGUCGCCACGUGGGUGAACUCCGCGUCCCCAUUGGACAGUAAGCUUGCCGCAGCGCGGUUCAUACCGUCGUCUCUACACCCCAGCUCCACCCGUCGCGUUCAUUGUACCGCGUCUGCUGGUAACGCGGACGGAACCGGGUCGAAUGAUGACAAAGGGGAGGGAGAGGGGGGAGAGGAGGCGGGGAAGGAGAGGGGGGGAAAUGGAGAACCUGACAAGACAGAUGAGCGCAAGGACAAAGCCGCAGAUGUUACUAGCGGAUACGUCACUAGCGAGGAUGAAAGCGCGGACAUUGUGAGCAGCCUGGGGGAUUGGCGGGAGUUCCGCGCGCGCCUGAUCCGCGGGGAGGUUGGGGUGGCGGGGGAAGAGCCUGGCGCAUCUGGAGCAACGGACGGUGCAGAUGCGCUGACAGCAGUGCCCGAGACGGGGUGUGUGCUGCUGGCGCACCCUAGGGCGUUCGGCGUGUCUCAGCAGUACUUCAACCGCGCUGUCAUCUUCCUGCUCAUGCACGGACCACAAGGGACUGCAGGCGUGAUACUGAACAGACCCUCGCAGUACACACUCGGGCAGCUUGCAGGCUUCGAGGAGCUCCUGCCGGAAUUUUCGGCUUGCCCGUUAUAUCUGGGCGGCGAUGUCGGCUCUACGUCCACGCACUGCCUGCACGGGGUGGCGGAGCUGGUGGGGGGGGAGGGGGGCGCGCGGGAGGUGUGUCCGGGGGUGUAUGUGGGGGGGUACUCGCGGAUCAAGGAGCAUGUGGGGAGCGGGAAGAGCAACAGCAUGGACUAUCGAUGGUUCGCCAGAUAUGCUGGUGAGUGGUGCUGCUUGGGUGGAUGGGGGCAUAUGCAGGUAUGGGGGGCAUGCAUGCACGGGAGCAUGUGGGGAGCGGGAAGAGCAACAGCAUGGACUAUCGAUGGUUCGCCAGAUAUGCUGGUGAGUGGUGCUGCUUGGGUGGAUGGGGGCAUAUGCAGGUAUGGGGGGCAUGCAUGCACGGGAGCAUGUGGGGAGCGGGAAGAGCAACAGCAUGGACUAUCGAUGGUAUGGGGGGCAUGCAUGCACGGGAGCAUGUGGGGAGCGGGAAGAGCAACAGCAUGGACUAUCGAUGGUUCGCCAGAUAUGCUGGUGAGUGGUGCUGCUUGGGUGGAUGGGGGCAUAUGCAGGUAUGGGGGGCAUGCAUGCACGGGAGCAUGUGGGGAGCGGGAAGAGCAACAGCAUGGACUAUCGAUGGUAUGGGGGGCAUGCAUGCACGGGAGCAUGUGGGGAGCGGGAAGAGCAACAGCAUGGACUAUCGAUGGUUCGCCAGAUAUGCUGGUGAGUGGUGCUGCUUGGGUGGAUGGGGGCAUAUGCAGGGUGGGCCCCAGGGCAGUUGGAGCGGGAGGUGGCAGCAGGGGUGUGGUACCUGGGAGCAUGCUCACCAGAUUCCAUCCUGCGGCAUCUCAAAGUCCCUUUCUUUCUUGCAUUUCCUUUCCCUCUUGCACACCCUUUUAUCCCCCAGGGUGGGCCCCAGGGCAGUUGGAGCGGGAGGUGGCAGCAGGGGUGUGGUACCUGGGAGCAUGCUCGCCCGACCUCAUUCUCAGGCAUUCCCUGAGAGAAACUGUCACUGUGGAGAGCGCAGGUGACGGUGGCAAUAGCGAGAUUGACAGUAUAGAGGCUGCAGAGAGGGAUGGUCAGAGCAGUGAGACAGGUGGUGUGGGGGGGAGGAGAGAGGGAGCAGUGGGUGUGAGUGGGAACACAGGGCUGUGGAGGGAGGUGAUGGAGUUGAUGGGGGGAGAGUAUGCUGUCCUGUGUAAACAGGCAGACGGGGAGCUGUAG